UAUAUAUAUAUAACAUACAUAAGAGCUUCAAAGAGAACAAGGAGAAUGGAGAGGAAAAGAGAAAUCGGAGAAGGAAGCUCACUGUCAUUGAGGGAAAAGCGAAACCUCAGGGAGAAAGAGCGACGGACGCGUAUGAAAGAUCUAUUUUGUUUACUCUCUUCCCAUGUGUCUCCCACUCGUAGGUUACCAGUGCCUCAACUUAUUGAUGAAGCGACAUCAUACAUGAUCAAAAUGAAAGAGAAUGUAAAGUAUUUGAAGGAGAAGAAAAAAACAUUGUUAGGAAGAGAAGUCUGGAAGCGCUCAGAAGGAUCGUCGUCUCUUUUGCCAAAACUCAGUAUCCAUUCAAGGGAUUCGAUCAUAGAGAUGAAUCUGAUUAUCGAUGUUAACAUGAAAAGAUUAAUGUUACACGAGCUUAUGAGAGUUUUUGAAGAAGAAGGAGCUCAAAUUAUGACUGCUAGUCUCCAGAACUUGAAUGAUAGAACUGCUUAUACAAUCAUAGCCCAGGCUGUCAUAUGCAGGAUCGGCAUUGAUCCAUCAAGAAUAGAAAAUAGAGUGAGGGAUAUCAUCUUUUAAUAUGUUGUUGAAGCAUUAAUUCACAUGUCUCUGAAAGAAUAAUUGAAAGUCUUAAGUUUAUAACGUUAAAGAUUUUGUUUAAACCUAAC